AUGGUUCACGGUGGGCAGGCCAUUUCUAGCUCCGAGCCGCCUUCUCCGGAUGUCCCAGAAAUCAAUGCUGAGCCUCCUAGACGUAGUGCUGCACUGUUUAAUUGUUACUCUUACCUUGCGAACCGGAGUAACGGUGAUUGUGUAGAACGUCACAGAAUCUUGACUAUAACUAUGCAAUUACCAGACGCCGAGACAGUUCCAGGACUGCUGGUUGCUCCUGCCACUGCGCGGCAAACAAGCUUGCCUAUGGCCGUCGUCGGUAUUGGCUGCCGGCUUCCCGGCAAUAUUUCCAGUCCCGCACAGCUCUGGGAUUUUUUGAGAGAAGGCCGCUCUGGUGUGGGUGAGGUCCCUAAGGAUCGCUUCAACAUCUAUAGCUAUAGGGGCGGCAAGGAUGAGCCGGGCACGACUCUCCCGUUGGGCGGAUACUUUCUUCAGGAUGACCUCCGCAGCUUCGACAACCGGUUCUUCGGCAUCAAUAAUCGAGAAGCAGCUGUUAUGGACCCUCAGCAGAGGAGGGUGCUAGAGGUAGUAUUCGAGACCUUUGAGAGCGCCGGCGUAACCCUCGAUGAAGUAUCCGGUGCUAAUGUGGGAGUUUAUAUGGCAUCAUUCACCCCAGAUUACAUCGCCAUGCAGACGAAAGACCCAGAGAACUUGACGCGGUACAGUAACCUGGGCAUGGGCGCCACUAUUCUUGGAAACCGCAUUAGCCAUGUCUUCAAUCUUAAAGGGCCGAGUUGUACGGUAGACACAGCUUGCUCGUCCUCUUUCUACGCACUUCACCUUGCUUGCAACGCAUUACAGAAUGGCGAGUGUGAUUCAGCCAUCGUGGCGGGUGUCAACCUGAUUCAAUCCCCUGAGUUACAUGCGGCAGUGUCCCAGGGUGGGUUUCUAUCGCCAACAUCUUUUUGCCAUACCUUUGAUACUUCCGCUGAUGGGUACGCACGAGCAGACGGUGUUAGUGCUAUCUACAUCAAACGACUAGAUGAUGCUAUCCGCAAUCAAGAUGUUAUUCGGUCGAUCAUUCGUGGCACUGCGGUGAACAGUAAUGGCCGCACACCAGGUAUAGCACAACCAAGCAUCGACGGCCAGGUGGCCGUAAUUUGCAAGGCAUAUGCCCGAGCUGGGCUAGAUCCCGCAGAGACAGCGUACAUCGAGUGUCAUGGCACUGGCACUCAAGUUGGCGAUCCCAUGGAGGUAGAAGCCCUAUCGCGCGUUUUCCGCAAAGAGCAACGGACUUGCGCAACAUUAAUUGGCUCAGUCAAGCCAAACCUCGGCCACGGUGAGGUGUCUAGCGGGUUGUCUAGUCUCAUCAAAGCUACCCUUGCCUUGGAGCAUAGGCAGAUUCCAGCGACCAUUAGCGUCAAAAAGAUCAACCCCAAGAUCAAGACUGAGGAAUGGGGCGUCGACGUCGUUACCCGCAUAACCCCUUUCCCAGUAUCCACCCGCCGUGUGCCAAGCCGCAUCAGUGUCAACUCGUUUGGUUAUGGGGGCGCGAAUGCUCACGGCAUCAUAGAGGAAGCGGACCAUAAACAAAAUCAAGUCUCAAUAAGAAAUGGGGGAACAGCUGCGGAACGUUAUAAGCAGUCUCAAUCAUCACAGCCGCCGUAUAUACUUCCCUUCUCUGCAAACUGCCCUCAAUCCCUCGAGGGCCGAGUGGAACGGCUAUCCAAUUCAGACCUUUCGUGCGUCUCAGUCAGCGACCUUGCUUAUACCCUAGGACAGAGAAGAUCUCAGUUUGCCUGUCGUGGCUAUGUGAUCGCCCGACAAGAGACCUUGACACAAGACAUCACAGUUGCGAACCUGCAACUUCCUUCUUCCAACCUUGAGUUAGGUAGUAGAAAGAUAGCAUUUGUAUUCACCGGUCAGGGCGCCCAGUGGCAAGGCAUGGCUCGUCAGCUAUUACACUACCCAACGUUUGCCAAUACAAUUCGACAGCUCGACGACGAACUGAGGUCGCUUUCACGCGCCCCUGAUUGGAGAAUUUAUGAUGUCCUAAUGGACGAGUCAGACAGCUGCCCCAUCAACCAGGCAGUGUUCGCACAGCCGAUCACCACAGCUGUUCAGAUUGGCUUGGUGGUGCUGCUGCGAUCUUGGUCAAUCCUUGCUGGGGGAGCAAUCGGACACUCCUCUGGUGAGAUUGGAGCUGCAUACGUGGCUGGUCUACUGUCCGCGCGCGAGGCAAUCGUUCUUGCAUAUUACAGGGGUUACGCGGUUGCAAAACAAGCAUCAGCCGCAGGCGCCAUGGCAGCCGUUGGUCUGAGCUCGGAUAUGGCUCUGGAAUUGAUCAUCAAGCUAGACCUCACCGACAGCGUUAAGGUGGCGUGUAUCAAUUCGUCAUCUAAUGUGACCAUCAGUGGUGACCGUAGGGAAGUUGAGACUCUGGUUACCGCUGUUCAGGCAAAAGGCGCGUUUGCUCGGAUACUGAAGACUGAUGGGAAAGCGUACCAUUCUCAUCACAUGGUCAGCGUAGGUGAAAUCUACCAAAGCCUCCUCGAUGAAGCUGCCAUUUUUGCCAAAGUCCUGGUCCCUGAAACAGAAAAUUCUGACGCGGAAAUGUAUUCGACGGCUAUAUGUAAACCCUUGGAGCGCCAAGCUGCUCGUACUACGUGGUACUGGAGAUUUAACCUAGAGUCCCCUGUGAGGUUCUCCGAAGGUCUGAAGGGGCUGUCAGAGUUGAUAGAUCCCGACUUGUGGCUCGAAAUUGGACCGCACACGGCCCUGAAACUCCCCAUCACGCAAACGCUCGGACAGUUGACACCUUACCACGGCACAUUAGAGCGAGGUCAAGAUGGAUCAGUGACACUACUCAGCUUCCUCGGAUAUCUUUUCGUUCAUGGCUUCAGUCUGGAUUUCACGAAGUUACUGCGCAGUUACCCCGACGGAUCGCCAGCUAGAUUCAUCUACGAUCUCCCAACUUACGCCUGCCAGGAGAGCCGAUACCGCCAGAAUCCUAGGCACGAAUUGCUCGGGACAGAAGUGCCUGGAGGAAGCCCGGCAUCCUUUGCGUGGCGCAACCUCUUGCACCUCGGUCAUGUACCUUGGCUCCGGGACCACCGACUGGGAGAUACCGCCGUAUUCCCCGCCGCAGGAUAUAUUGCCAUGGCAGUGGAGGCACUGAUACAAAAAGCUUUGCCCUCAGGCGCAGACCUAAUUAGCAAAUGCGUCAUCCUUCGGCAAGUAGCCUUGCUAAAAGCCCUCUCUUUAAAAGAUGAGGACUCUAUUGAGCUAUUUACCGAGCUUCAUCCACUCUCGAUUUCCAACGUUCGCGAUUCGCAACAUUGGUGGGAAUUCCAAAUUUUCACCGUGUUGGACCGAAAUAGCUACACCCUUCACGCCAAGGGAAUGAUCCGGUUGGGUUGCAACCCCGAUAAUACUUCACACGCAGCCCCAUCCCCUGAUUGCCGACUGGCUGUCCGAACUAAACACGUUUGGUAUGACAUUAUUUCUCGAGGCGGCCUCAAGUAUGGUACGGCGUUUCAACGCAUAAAAGCGGUCUAUACUCCAGAAAGCAAAAAAAUCUUAUAUGCCGAAGCUCCAACCGAGUCAUUUGCCCCCGAAAUCCCCACCAGCGCUCAGCCGUAUCCUAGAUACUUCCUGCACCCGACACUACUGGACACUGUUCUUCAGCUUGCCCUCAUUGCAUGCAAUGGUGGCUCCCUUCAUGGGCUUGUGGCCCGGGUCCCGACUCUGCUCGGAGAGGUCAGCAUGAGCCUGGCCCCGUAUGCUCCAGGCGAGGCUGGGAUCAUUCGUGCCAAGGCUUCGGUAGUCGGACUCAAAAUGCACAGGGCAACCAUAUACUUGUUCAAUCAGAAGAAUCAGCCCGUGGUACAGUUUAAGGACAUUGAAAUGACCGCCUUCAGCGCACAAGAAGGCAUGGAGGAUGUCCGCCAUCCUAUGGGACGCGUGCACUGGAAGCCCGACAUAACACAGAUAUCCGAAGAUUCCGUCUUUUCUUCUGGUCUCGCUCAUGUGCUCUCUGUGACCGAUCUCGGAGCUUUUGGGUCCCGCUCCUGGCUGCUAGCUGCCCUGGACAUGAUUGUCCACAAGAAGCCUGAUUCCAGGAUUCUGUGCCUCACAACCGACCUGUCUUUUGUAACCUUGGCUUGCUUGGAGGUCCUGGAGACCUCUAUAGUCUACCGGCGUUGUGAGACAUUUUCAUUGGGUAGAAUAGGAUGCAAUGGAGCGCUGGAGGUUGCGGAAAUCCGCAAGUAUGCAGUGCCUUUAGGCCUUCGCUCUAUGGCUUACCGCAAGGCCACCUCAGAUAACCAGUACAACGUGUGCAUUCUGGGACAGGGAAGUGACCACGCAGUGUUUGGCCACCUGAGGAAGCAUACCAACGACUGCACCUUUUUUCUGGGUCCUUGCACACAAUUUCCGGCCUCAGUGCCCUCAUCGCACUUGCAACUAACGGAUCACGAUCACGGUGUAUACGUUCUACGUCCCAACCCCAAAUUCACCCCACAAUUCAACCAUGUUGUUCUGAUCGGGGCUUCAUCUUCGGACGCGGAGCUAGCUGGUCAUUUAAGCAAAGAGUUGGACAGGCCGGUGCAGGCAUUGACGCUACGCGAUAUUCUCUCCUCACCCAUUCCGCCCCAAGCCUUGGCCGUCUCGGUGAUAGAAAUGCACAAAUCCCUGCUGUCAGACCCAACGGCAGAGGAGUAUGAUGCAUUCAAAGAAUUGAUCGAGCAUGCCGCCCAUAUCUUCUGGAUUAGCGGAAGUGGUGUUCACAACGGAUUUGAUCCCACACGGUCUAUCUUUACCGGUCUGGCUCGGGCUCUCAUCGUCGAGCAGCCCUCUACCAGGAUCUUCUCUGUGGAAAUUGACCCAGCAACUGAAAUGUCAGUGGUUUCCCGAUAUGUCCGCCAAAUUUUGCAGCAGAAGAAUGAAGUAGACUUUGAGUACAUUUGCGACAGCUCGCAGCUCCUGAUCAGCCGCGUUGUGCCCGACGAGCGGUUGAACCGUGAAUUCAGGAGACGACAAAACAGCAUUUCCAUUCCCAAGCCACUAGCUCAGGCUGACAACGCCUAUUUGUUAGUGUCGGAGCCAGGCCAAGUGAACUCGGCAAGGUUCGUGCAACGGCCAUUAUCACCCACGCUGCCAGCCGACCACGUUCUUGUUAAGGUUGUAUGUGUGGGUCUCAAUGCCAAAGAUGUUUAUGUGAUGGCCGGUCGAGUGUCGACGAAAAAUGCCACCUGCAGUUCUGAGUUCACAGGGCAAAUUGUGGGGUUGGGUGCCGACGUGCAAUCAUUCGCGGUCGGCGAUCGAGUGGCAGUCAUGCAUAACGGCCACUUUGGCACCUACGAGCCGGUUCCUUGGUGGAGCUGUAUCAGGCUAGAGGAUAACGAAGACUUGGUCAUCAUGGCGGGCGUUCUCCUUGUGUUUUUCACAGCCGUGUACGCGCUCGAAUACCGCGCACGUCUCCAGCCCGCUGAGUCGAUUCUUAUUCACUCUGCUGCUGGUGCUGUCGGCAUUGCAACCAUCCAACUCGCUCAGCAUCUUGGGGCAGGCAAGAUUUACGCUACCGUGGGCAACGAGGAAAAGAAGCGGUAUCUGGUAGAGCAAUUCGGGCUCCGUUCCGAGAACAUCUUUUCCUCGCGUGAUACCACGUUCGCGGAGAAGGUCAAAGUCCAAACUAGAGGCCGCGGUGUCGAUGUUAUUUUGAAUUCCUUGGUGGGGGACCUCCUCCACGAAAGCUGGAACUGCCUAGCCGACUGGGGGCGCUUUGUCGAGAUUGGUAAACGCGAUAUUCUCGACUGCGGUAAGCUCAACAUGUCCACGUUUGCGCGCGGAACUACUUUCACGUCAUUCGACCUGAACAUGCUGAACGAGCUCGACACGCCCAUAGCGGCUCGCCACUUGAAGUGUACAAUCCUUGCGCGUGUUUUGCAGCUGGUCCGCGCCGGACACGUUCGGCCCGUUCAACCCUUGGCCGUCUUCCCCGUCUCAGAACUGAGUGCAGCCUGCAACCACUUCAACAACGCCAAGCGGAUGGGUAAAAUCGUAAUUUCCUUUGAAGAUGAGACGCAGAUCGUCCCCACGGUUCCUGAGCUCUACAGCACCGUUCUCAACCCAAGCAAAUCUUACCUCUUGGUCGGCUGUCUCGGCGGCCUCGGUCGAAGUCUAUCACGGUGGAUGAUGAGCCGCGGAGCCCGUCGCUUCGUAUUCCUCGGCCGCACGGGUUUAGCCAAACCAGCUGCCAGGCAAAUUGUCCAGGAGCUGGAAGAGGCUGGGGCCCGCUGUACCGUCGCAACCAGCGACGUCAUUGUGUAUGAGGACGUCGAGCGCGCAGUAGCGGCAGCAGUUGCUGAUGCGCCUCUAGGGGGAGUGAUUCAGGCCGCUAUGGGCCUCCACGAAGCCAUCUUCAAGUACAUGCCUCACGAGCACUGGCUCACAGGCACGCAAGCCAAGGUGCGCGGAACAUGGAAUCUUCACCAAGCCCUGGACAAUCUCAAGUGCGAGUCCGCUCUGGAUUUCUUCCUUCUGACCAGCUCGGUCGCUGGGCAGAUUGGCACAGCUACUGAAGGCAACUAUUGCGCUGCAAACCACUUUCUGGACGUUUUUGCUCGCUAUCGCCGGAGUCUGGGGCUGCGCGCUAUCUCCCUCGGAUUGGGCGCUAUAUCCGAGGUCGGAUACCUCCACGAGCACAGCGAAAUCGGCGAGCUCCUCCUUCGCAAGGGCAUCCGCCCACUCCCUGAGAAUGAAGUCCUCCAAGUUAUUGACUUCGCCCUCUCCUCCGAGAUCGAUCAGGAACAAACCGUCCCUAGGGAUCGCCUCGCACAAUGCCACAUUCUAUCUGGUAUUGAAGACACCGGACUUCAAGACCACCGCAAACAAGGCUUUACAGGUUUCUGGCACAAUCUAGACAACACCCGCUUCUCGGUACUCAUCAACGCCCUGCAGCGUCAGGCAUCCCAGUCCGAAGGCGGAAUUAACACCCCUGCGUCGGUAAUUCAAACUGUACUGGCGUCAGGCGACGAGAAGCAAGUACGUGAAGCGGUGAAUCAGGCAUUGGCGAAGAAGAUGUCAAACAUUAUUCUAUUGCCGCUACCGAAGUUGGAUUUGAAGUUGCCAUUGAGUGAGUAUGGCAUGGAUAGUAUGUUGUCGGCGGAGCUAAGACAAUAUAUAUUCACAUCGAUGGGUGUGGAUGUCCCGUUUUUGACCUUGAUGGAUUCGGCGACGUCGGUGUUGAGCAUUGCUGAGAUUGUGGUGGGGGAAUUGAGGAAGAUUAUGGGGAAGGAGGCGGAAUAG